AUGAGUUCUCUUCUAGAUCUUAAGGAACUACGUGAGGUAUUUUAUGCCGUAAAGGAUCCUGGUCCAUAUUCGUCGGAUGGAAAUGUAAUAAAAUCUGUCGACGAAUGGAUCAAUUCCCAAGGAACCACAAGAAAAAAAGUAUUUCAAUUACUCAUUGAGGAGGCUGAUGAGUCUAUUUACGCAUGUAUGCUGGGACUUUUUUAUCAUCACGGCAUUGGUGUCCGAGCUGACCAUUCGAUGGCAUUUAACAGUUACAGAUUUGCUGCUGAAUCUAGCAACGACGCGUUUGCACAAAAUCAACUAGGUUAUUGCUAUCGUGAUGGUCUCGGCACGAUAGGGAGCAGUGAAAAAGCAUUUGAAUGGUUCAAGAAAUCAGCAGAAAGAGGCCACAUAUGCGGAAUGCGAACUCUGGCAGAUCACUAUUAUAACGGGUGGGGUUAUGAGCAGAAUUUCCGUAGAGCCUUUUUUUGGUACUCGAAGGCAUAUUCCAAUGGCAACUCGAGAGCCAUUCAAGGACUUUUUAAUUGUCAUGAAAAGGGCUAUGGAACUCAACGUGAUAUGCAUAAAGCUUUAUAUUGGGCAAAAAAAGACCAGCUUAUUCAUUGGUCGUUCUUGCCGAAACUUUUCAAACGACGACAUUAUUAA